CAGAGUUUGUAUCAUUGCUUGCUUGUGUAAAGUACAGUCUGAGUCAAGCAGGGCUGUGUUGGAGGAAAGUUAACUAAAAUGAAAGCUCCAGAUUGCUUGCAGUGAGAUAUCAACUUGAUAGAUUUGCUGAUAAGCUUAAGUUGUGAACUGCAAUCUGAAUGGCUUCUUCCCCAAAGAUAAACGAUUGAUAAGACAUUAUCUGAGAAUGAUGAGGACCUUACGAAUGUGAUCUGGAGUUGGUACUCAGGAUUGGAGUGGGUCUACGUGAGGAGGGUCAAGUAACUUGUGUCGGUAAGUCAACAUGUCAAACGAACAAGAUGAAUAUGACUGCGACAAUGAUACUCCAAAGAUUCAGAUACCCGAGACUGAAAAUGCUCUGUAAAGAGAUACAACUCCGGUGAGUCACGCCCCACUCCUCUCUACGACCUGCAUGUUACCAACAAGGGACGAAUGGUCAGCUUUGCUGGGUUUCUGCUGCCAGUGCAGUACGGGAACGACGGCAUCGCUACAUCCCAUCGUCACACAAGGGAUCACUGCUCGCUCUUCGAUGUAUCACACAUGCUACAAACAGAAGUCCACGGGAACGACCGAGUCAAGUUCUUUGAGAGUCUUUGUACAACGGACAUUGAAGGCUUGGCCGACAAUUCUGGAGCAUUAAGCUUAUUUACUAGUAACUCUGGUGGAAUUUAUGAUGAUCUGAUAGUGAACAAAACAUCAGACGGGUAUCUCUACAUAGUCUCCAACGCGAGCCGAAGACAGAAUGACCAAUCAUUAAUGCUGAAAGCACAGGAGCGUUUUCAAGCAGAAAACAAAGAUGUGAAUGUAAAGUUCUUGGAGCCUGAAGAUCGAGCGCUGAUUGCACUCCAGGGACCUCAGUCGAGCGCAGUGCUACAACCACUGGUCAAUGUGGAACUAUCACAGGUGUAUUUCAUGAACACUUGGCGAGCCACCGUGGCCGGUGUGGCAGGUUGUCGAAUCACUCGUUGUGGCUACACUGGGGAAGAUGGGUUUGAGAUCUCCAUCCCAGCCAGAGCGGCAACAGCUGUAGUAGAGGAUAUACUGGCUUCUAAUGUUGCCCCAGUGAAACUAGCAGGCUUAGGUGCCAGGGAUACUCUAAGGCUAGAGGCUGGUCUAUGUCUAUAUGGGAAUGAUAUUGACGAAACAACUACACCAGUAUCCGCUGGUCUUACUUUCACCAUAGGAAAGAGGCGAAGACAGACAAAGGAUUUUCCAGGUGCAGAAAUUAUCCUGUCUGAGCUCAAGGACAAGCCACAGUACAAGCGGGUUGGACUGAAGAGUGAAGGAAGAGGACCUCCUGCUAGACAAGGUGCCCCUAUCACCUGCGAGGGGGAAGGCGUAGGCAAGGUGACCUCUGGCGCCCCUUCCCCUUCACUGGGGUACAACAUCGCCCUCGGCUACGUACACAGCUCUGUCUCACAACCAGGGACUAGACUGGGCAUCACGGUGAGGGAUAACACUGUCCCUGUCACUGUCAGCAAACUGCCGUUCGUACCUGCCAAGUAUUAUAUAAAGAAGAAGGAAUAAAUGUUAUUGG